GGGGCUGUGACCUUGAGGACGUGGGGUCAGGAUGGCUCUGGGCAGACACCUCUCCCUCCAGAGACUCUGUGUCCUCCUCCUCAGCACCGUGGUGGGUGGUCAAGAUCUGGAGGUGAGGCUGAAGGAUGGAGCCCACCGCUGUGAGGGGAGAGUGGAAGUAAAGCAUCAAGGAGAAUGGGGCACAAUGGAUGAUUUCUACUGGAGCUUGAAGGAUGCAUCUGUUCUGUGCAGACAGCUGGGGUGUGGAGCUGCUGUUGGUAUUACUAAAGAGGCUUAUUUUGGACCAGGACUUGGUCCCAUUUGGCUUUCGUAUACUUCAUGUGAAGGGGUAGAGUCAGCUGUCAGUGAGUGUAAGCAUUCUAAUAUUAAAGACUAUCGUAAUGAUAGCUAUUCCCACAACUGGGAUGCUGGAGUAGUCUGCUCAGGAUUUGUGCGUUUGGCUGGAGGGGACGGACCCUGCUCAGGGCGAGUAGAAGUGCAUUCUGGAGAAGCCUGGAUCCCAGUGUCUGAUGGGAACUUCACACUCCCCACUGCCCAGGUCAUCUGUGCAGAGCUGGGAUGCGGCAAGGCUGUGUCUGUCCUGGGACACGUGCCCUUCAGAGAGUCUGAUGGCCGGGUCUGGGCUGAAGAGUUCAGGUGUGAGGGGGAGGAGCCUGAGCUCCGGGUCUGCCCCAGAGUGCCCUGUCCAGGGGGCACCUGUCACCACAUUGGAGCUGCUCAGGUUGUCUGUUCAGCAUACUCAGAAGUCCGGCUCAGGACAAACGGCUCCUCUCAGUGUGAGGGGCAGGUGGAGAUGAACAUUUCUGGACAAUGGAGAGCACCCUGUGCCUCCCACUGGAGUCUGGCCAACGCCAAUGUUGUCUGUCGUCAGCUCGGCUGUGGAGUCGCCAUCUCCACCCCCAGAGGACCACACUUGGUGGAAGGAGGAGAUCAGAUCUUAACAUCCCGAUUUCACUGCUCGGGGGCGGAGUCCUUCCUGUGGAGUUGCCCUGUGACUGUCCUGGGUGGGCCUGACUGUUCCCAUGGCAACACGGCCUCUGUGAUCUGCUCAGGAAACCAGACUCAGGUGCUGCCUCAGUGCAACCACUUUAUGUCAGAACCAGCCGGCUCUGCGGCCUCAGUGGAGAGCGCCCCUUAUUGCUCAGACAGCAGACAGCUCCGCCUGGCGGACGGGGGCGGUCCCUGCGCCGGCAGAGUGGAGAUCCUUGACCAGGGCUCCUGGGGCACCAUCUGUGAUGACGGCUGGGACCUGGACUAUGCCCGCGUGGUGUGCAGGCAGCUGGGCUGUGGAGAAGCUCUCAAUGCCACGGGGUCAGCUCACUUCGGGGCGGGAUCAGGGCCCAUCUGGCUGGACGACCUGAAUUGCACAGGAAAGGAGUCUUACGUGUGGAGGUGCCCUUCCCGAGGCUGGGGUCGGCAUGACUGCAGACACAAGCAGGACGCGGGAGUCAUCUGCUCAGAGUUCCUGGCCCUCAGGAUGGUGAGCGAGGACCAGCAGUGUGCUGGGUGGCUGGAAGUUUUCUACAACGGGACCUGGGGCAGUGUCUGCCGCAACCCCAUGGAAGAUAUCACUGUGUCCAUGAUCUGCAGACAGCUUGGCUGUGGGGACAGUGGAACCCUCAACUCUUCUCUUGCUCUUAGAGAAGGUUCUAGACCCCGGUGGGUGGAUGGAAUCCGGUGUCGGAAAACUGACACCUCUCUCUGGCAGUGUCCUUCUGACCCUUGGAAUUACACUUCAUGCUCUCCAAAGGAGGAAGCCUACAUCUCGUGUGAAGGUGACUUACUGUCUGUUUCUGUGUGUCUGUCCCAACCCUGUAGGAUGCACAGACAGCUCCGCCUGGUGGACGGGGGCGGUCCUUGCGCCGGGAGAGUGGAGAUCCUUGACCAGGGCUCCUGGGGCACCAUCUGUGAUGCUGGCUGGGACCUGGAAGAUGCCCGCGUGGUGUGCAGACAGCAGGGCUGUGAAGAAGCCCUCGAUGCCCCUGUCUCCUCUUACUUUGGGGCGGGAUCAGGACCCAUUUGGCUGGACAACGUGAAGUGCACAGGAAAGGAGUCCCACGUGUGGAGGUGCCCUUCCAAAGGCUGGGGGAAGCACUACUGCGAUCAUAGCAAGGAUGCAGGAGUCAUAUGUUCAGGAUUUGUGCGUCUGGCUGGAGGGGACGGACCCUGCUCAGGGCGAGUAGAAGUGCAUUCUGGAGAAGCCUGGAUCCCAGUGUCUGAUGGGAACUUCACACUCCCCACUGCCCAGGUCAUCUGUGCAGAGCUGGGAUGCGGCAAGGCUGUGUCUGUCCUGGGACACGUGCCCUUCAGAGAGUCAGAAGGCCGGGUCUGGGCUGAAGAGUUCAGGUGUGAGGGGGAGGAGCCUGAGCUCCGGGUCUGCCCCAGAGUGCCCUGUCCAGGGGGCACGUGUCACCACAGUGGAGCUGCUCAGGUUGUCUGUUCAGAGUACUCAGAAGUCCGACUCAUGACAAACGGCUCCUCUCAGUGUGAGGGGCAGGUGGAGAUGAACAUUUCUGGACGAUGGAGAGCGCCCUGUGCCUCCCACUGGAGUCUGGCCAAUGCCAAUGUUGUCUGUCGUCAGCUCGGCUGUGGAGUCGCCAUCUCCACCCCCAGACGACCACACUUGGUGGAAGGAGGAGAUCACAUCUUAACAUCCCGAUUUCACUGCUCGGGGGCAGAGUCCUUCCUGUGGAGUUGCCCUGUGACUGCCCUGGGUGGGCCUGACUGUUCCCAUGGCAACACGGCCUCUGUGAUCUGCUCAGGAAACCAGACUCAGGUGCUGCCUCAGUGCAACCACUCUAUGUCAGAACCAGCCGGCUCUGCGGCCUCAGUGGAGAGCGGCCCUUAUUGCUCAGACAGCAGACAGCUCCGCCUGGUGGACGGGGGCGGUCCCUGCGCCGGGAGAGUGGAGAUCCUUGACCAGGGCUCCUGGGGCACCAUCUGUGAUGAUGGCUGGGACCUGGACGAUGCCCGCGUGGUGUGCAGGCAGCUGGGCUGUGGAGAAGCCCUCAAUGCCACAGGGUCUGCUCACUUCGGGGCGGGAUCAGGGCCCAUCUGGCUGGACGAGCUGAAUUGCACAGGAAAGGAGUCCCACGUGUGGAGGUGCCCUUCCCGGGGCUGGGGGCGGCAUGACUGCAGACACAAGCAGGACGCGGGGGUCAUCUGCUCAGAGUUCCUGGCCCUCAGGAUGGUGAGCGAGGAUCACCAGUGUGCUGGGUGGCUGGAAGUUUUCUACAACGGGACCUGGGGCAGUGUCUGCCGCAACCCCAUGGAAGAUAUCACUGUGUCCGUGAUCUGCAGACAGCUUGGCUGUGGGGACAGUGGAACCCUCAACUCUUCUCUUGCUCUUAGAGAAGGUUCUAGACCCCAGUGGGUGGAUGGAACCCGCUGUCGGAAAACUGACACCUCUCUCUGGCAGUGUCCUUCUGACACUUGGAAUUACACUUCAUGCUCUCCAAAGGAGGAAGCCUAUAUCUCGUGUGAAGGUAGCAGACAGCUCCGCCUGGUGGACGGGGGCGGUCCUUGUGCCGGGAGAGUGGAGAUCCUUGACCAGGGCUCCUGGGGCACCAUCUGUGAUGGUGGCUGGGACCUGGACAAUGCCCGCGUGGUGUGCAGACAGGUGGGCUGUGGAGAAGCCCUCGAUGCCCCUGUCUCCUCUUACUUUGGUGCGGGAUCAGGACCCAUUUGGCUGGACAACGUGAAGUGCACAGGAAAGGAGUCCCACGUGUGGAGGUGCCCUUCCCGAGGCUGGGGGAAGCACUACUGCGAUCAUAGCAACGAAGCAGGAGUCAUCUGUUCAGGAUUUGUGCGUCUGGCUGGAGGGGAUGGGCCCUGCUCAGGGCGAGUAGAAGUGCAUUCUGGAGAAGCCUGGAUCCCAGUGUCUGAUGGGAACUUCACACUCCCCACUGCCCACGUCAUCUGUGCAGAGCUGGGGUGUGGCAAGGCUGUGUCUGUCCUGGGACAUUUGGCAUUCAGAGAGUCCGAUGACCAGGUCUGGACUGAAGAGUUCAGGUGUGAGGGGGAGGAGCCUAAGCUCUGGUUCUGCCCCAGAGUGCCCUGUCCAGGGGGCAGGUGUCAGCACAGUGGAGCUGCUCAGGUUGUCUGUUCAGUGUACACAGACAUCCGGCUCAUGAAAAACAGCACCUCUAGGUGUGAGGGACGGGUGGAGAUGAAUAUUUCUGGACAAUGGAGAGCUCUCUGUGCCUCCCACUGGAGUCUGGCCAACGCCAAUGUUGUCUGUCGUCAGCUCGGCUGUGGCGUCGCCAUCUCCACCCCAAACGGAGCAGAAGGAAGUGAUCCACUCUGGAAAGCCCGAUUUCACUGCUCAGGGGCUGAGUCCUUCCUGUGGCAAUGCCCUGUGACUGCCCUGGGUGUUCCUGACUGUUCCCAUGGCAACACGGCCUCUGUGAUCUGCUCAGGAAACCAGACCCAGGUGCUGCCCCGGUGCAACCACUUUGUGUCUGAACCAACAGGCUCUGCAUCCUCAGAGGAGAGCGCCCCCUACUGCUCAGACAGCAGACAGCUCCGCCUGGUGGACGGGGGCGGUCCCUGCGCCGGGAGAGUGGAGAUCCUUGAGCAGGGCUCCUGGGGCACCAUCUGUGAUGACGGCUGGGACCUGGAGGAUGCCCGCGUGGUGUGCAGGCAGCUGGGCUGUGGAGACGCCCUCAAUGCCAUGGGAUCUGCUCACUUCGGGGCAGGGUCAGGGCCCAUCUGGCUGGACGACCUGAACUGCACAGGAAAGGAGUCCCACGUGUGGAGGUGCCCUUCCCGGGGCUGGGGACGGCACGACUGCAGACACAAGGAGGAUGCAGGGGUCGUCUGCUCAGAGUUCCUGGCCCUCAGGAUGGUCAGCGAGGACCAGCAGUGUGCUGGGUGGCUGGAAGUUUUCUACAACGGGACCUGGGGCAGUGUCUGCCACAGCCCCAUGGAUGAGGUCACCGUGUCCAUCAUCUGCAGACAGCUUGGCUGUGGGGACAGUGGAAGUCUCAACACGUCUGUUGGUCUCAGGGAAGGUUCUAGACCCCGGUGGGUAGAUUUGAUUCAGUGUCGGAAAACAGAUACCUCUCUCUGGCAGUGUCCUUCUGGCCCAUGGAAAUACAGUUCAUGCUCUCCAAAGGAGGAAGCCUACAUCUCAUGUGCAGAAAGAAGAGCCAAGAGCUGUCCAGCUGCUGCCCCCUGCACAGACAGAGAGAAGCUCCGGCUCAGGGCAGGAGACAGCGAGUGCUCAGGGCGGGUGGAGGUCUGGCACGGCGGCUCCUGGGGCACCGUGUGCGAUGACUCCUGGAGCCUGGCAGAGGCCGAGGUGGUGUGUCAGCAGCUGGGCUGUGGCCCGGCCCUGGAAGCCGUUCGGGCCGCGGCGUUUGGCCCUGGAAACGGGAGCAUCUGGCUGGACGAGGUGCGGUGCAGGGGCCGGGAGCCCUCCCUGUGGGACUGUGCUGCGGAUCCCUGGGGGCAGAGCGACUGCAAGCAUGAGGAGGAUGCUGGUGUGAGGUGCUCUGGUGUAAGGACAGCAUUGCCCGCGACAAAAGCAGGGACCAGAACAACCUCAAAUCCUCUGCCUGGCAUCUUCUCCCUGCCUGGGGUCCUCUGCCUCAUCCUGGGAGCCCUUCUCUUCCUGGUCCUCGUCAUCCUGGUGACUCAGGUGCUCAGAUGGAGAGCAGAGCGCAGAGCCUUAUCCAGCUAUGAAGAUGCUCUUGCUGAAGCUGUGUAUGAGGAGCUCAAUUACCUUGUGACACCGAAGGAAGGUCUGGGCAGCCCAGAUCUGAGGACUGAUGUCCCUGCUGAAAAUUACGAUGAUGUUGAAGAGGUCCCAGUGCCUGGAACUCCUCCUGCCUCUCAGGGGAGUGAGGAGGAAGUGCCCCCAGAGAAGGAGGAUGGGGUGAGGUCCUCGCAGACAGGCUGUUCUCUGAACUUCUCCAGAGAGGUGGCUGAUCCUGGGGAAGGAGGAGAGAGCCCUUGGCUGCUCCAGGGGCAGAAAGCAGACCCUGGGUACGACGAUGUUGAAUUCAGUGCCCUGGGAACAUCCCCAGUGACUUUGAUGGCUCGGAGCCAACACCUCUCCCCCCAGGGACUCUGUGUCCUCCUCCUCGGCACCGUGGUGGGUGGUCAAGCUCUGGAGCUGAGGCUGAAGGAUGGAGCCCACUGCUGUGAGGGGAGAGUGGAAGUGAAGCACCACGGAGAAUGGGGCAAAAUGGAUAAUGACAACUGGAGCAUAGGGGAUGCAUCUGUAAUGUGCAGACAGCUGGGGUGUGGAGCUGCAAUUGGUUUUCUUGGAGGAGCUUAUUUUGGACCAGGACUUGGCCCCAUUUCUUUAUAUAUUUCAUGUAAAGGGGUAGAGUCAACUGUCAGUGACCGUAGGCAUUCUAAUAUUAAAGACCAUUGUAAUGAUAGCUAUACCCAUGACUGGGAUGCUAGAGUAGUCUGCUCAGGAUUUGCACGUCUGGCUGGAGGGGAUGGACCCUGCUCAGGGAGAGUAGAAGUGUAUUCUGGAGAAGCCUGGAUCCCAGUGUCUGAUGGGAACUUCACACUCCCCACUGCCCAGGUCAUCUGUGCAGAGCUGGGGUGCGGCAAGGCUGUGUCUGUCCUGGGGCAUGUGCCGUUCAGAGAGUCCAGUGCUUGGGUCUGGGCUGAAGAGUUCAGGUGUGAGGGGCAGGAGCUUGAGCUCUGGGUCUGCCCCAGAGUGCCCUGUCCAGGGGGCACAUGUCACCACAAUGGAGCUGCUCAGGUUGUCUGUUCAGCGUACUCAGAAGUCUGGCUCAUGACAAAUGGGACCUCCCAGUGUGAGGGGCAGGUGGAGAUGAACAUUUCUGGAUGAUGGAGAGUGCUCUGUGCCUCCCACUGGAGUCUGGCCAAUGCCAAUGUUGUCUGUCGUCAGCUUGGCUGUGGAGUCGCUAUCUCCACUCCCAGAGGACCACACUUUGUGGAAGGAGGUAAUCAGAUCUCAACAGUCUGAUUUCACUGCUCAGGGGCUGAGUCCUUCCUGUGGAGUUGUCCUGUGACUGCCCUGGGUGGUCCUGACUGUUCCCAUGGCAACACGGCCUCUGUGAUCUGCUCAGGAAAUCACACUCAGGUGCUGCCACAGUGCAACGACUCCGUAUCUGAACCAGCAGGCUCUACGGCCUCAGAGGAGAGCGCCCCCUACUGCUCAGACAGCAGACAGCUCCGCCUGGUGGACGGGGGCGGUCCCUGCGCCGGGAGAGUGGAGAUCCUGGACCAGGACUCCUGGGGCACCAUCUGCGAUGACAGCUGGGACUUGGACGAUGCCCGCGUGGUGUGCAGGCAGCUGGGCUGUGGAGAAGCCCUUAGUGCCAUGGGAUCUGCUCACUUCAGGGCGGGAUCAGGGCCCAUCUGGCUGGACGACCUGAAUUGCACAGGAAAGGAGUCCCACGUGUGGAGGUGCCCUUCCCGGGACUGGGGAUGGCACAACUGCAGACACAAGCAGGACGCGGGGGUCUUGUCAUCUAAGUUCCUGGCCCUCAGGAUGCUGAGUGAAGACCAGCAGUGUGCUGGGUGGCUGGAAGUUUUCUACAACGGGACCUGGGGCAGUGUCUGCCACAGCCCCAUGGAACACAUCACUGUGUCCGUGAUCUGCAGACAGCUUGGCUGUGGGGACAGUGGAACCCUCAACUCUUCUGUCGGUCUCAGGGAAGGUUCCAGACCCCGGUGGGUAGAUGGAAUCUGCUGUCGGAAAACUGACACCUCUCUCUGGCAGUGUCCUUCUGACCCUUAGAAUCACACUUCAUGGUCUCCAAAGGAGGAAGCCUAUAUCUCGUGUGCAGAUUCACAAAAACUGAGGCUGAAGGAUGGAGCCCACCGCUGUGAGGGGAGAGUAGAAGCGAAGUACAAAGGAGAAUGGGGCACAGUGUAUACUGAGUACUGGCUCACAUCAGCUGUAGAAGAGGUGUGCAGACUACUGGAAUGUGGAGUUGCCAUUGAUACUCCCAGAGGGUCUUAUUUUGGACCAAGACUUGGCCCCAUUUGGUUUUUGUAUGAUUCCUGUGAGAGUAGAGAGGUUGAAUCAAGUUUGAAGCUCUAUAAUUGUGUUUAUAUGGAUUUUAAAAACUAUAAUGACACCUUCUCUCAUGACCAGGAUGUUGGAGCAGUCUGCUCAGGAUCUGUGCGUCUAAUAGGAGGGAAUAGACCCUGCUCAGGGCGCGUAGAAGUGCAUUCUGGAAAAGCCUGGAUCCCAGUGUCUGAUGGGAAUUUCACACUCCCCACUGCCCAGGUCAUCUGUGCAGAGCUGGGAUGUGGCAAGGCUGUGUCUGUCCUGGGACACGUGCCCUUCAGAGAGUCCGAUGGCCGGGUCUGGGCUGAAGAGUUCAGGUGUGAGGGGGAGGAGCCUGAGCUCCGGGUCUGCCCCAGAGUGCCCUGUCCAGGGGGCACGUGUCACCACAGUGGAGCUGCUCAGGUUGUCUGUUCAGCGUACUCAGAAGUCCGGCUCAUGACAAACGGCUCCUCUCAAUGUGAGGGGCAGGUGGAGAUGAACAUUUCUGGACGAUGGAGAGCGCUCUGUGCCUCCCACUGGAGUCUGGCCAAUGCCAAUGUUGUCUGUCGUCAGCUUGGCUGUGGAGUUGCCAUCUCCACCCCCAGAGGACCACACUUGGUGGGCAGAGAUGACCAGAUCUCAACAGUCCGAUUUCAUUGUUUGGGGGCUGAGUCUUUCCUGUGGAGUUGCCCUGUGACUGCCCUGGGUGGUUCUGACUGUUCCCAUGGCAACACGGCCUCUGUGAUCUGCUCAGGAAACCAGACCCAGGUGCUGCCCCAGUGCAGCGACUCCUUCUCAGAACCAACAGGCUCUGCAGCCUCAGAGGAGAGCGCCCCCUACUGCUCAGACAGCAGACAGCUCCGCCUGGUGGACGGGGGCGGUCCCUGCGCCGGCAGAGUGGAGAUCCUUGACCAGGGCUCCUGGGGCACCAUCUGUGAUGACGGCUGGGACCUGGACGAUGCCCACGUGGUGUGCAGGCAGCUGGGCUGUGGAGAAGCCCUCAAUGCCACGGGGUCAGCUCACUUCGGGGCAGGAUCAGGGCCCAUCUGGCUGGACGACCUGAACUGCACAGGAAAAGAGUCCCACGUGUGGAGGUGCCCUUCCCGAGGCUGGGGGCGGCACGACUGCAGACACAAGCAGGACGCGGGGGUCAUCUGCUCAGAAUUCAUGGCCCUCAGGAUGGUGAGUGAAGAACAGCAGUGUGCUGGGUGGCUGGAAGUUUUCUACAACGGGACCUGGGGCAGUGUCUGCCGCAGCCCCAUGGAAGACAUCACUGUGUCCAUGAUCUGCAGACAGCUUGGCUGUGGGGACAGCGGAAGUCUCAACUCUUUAGUUGCUCUUAGAGAAGGUUCUAGACCCAAGUGGGUAGAUGGAAUCCAGUGCCAGAAAACUGAUACCUCUCUCUGGCAGUGUCCUUCUGACCCUUGGAAUUACACUUCCUGCUCUCCCAAGGAGGAAGCCUAUAUCUCGUGUGAGGUCCCACAGGACAAAAGACCCUUCUCAUCCCCCUUGUCACUGCCCCAUUGUCCCACUUCUCUCUCCUCAGACAGCAGACAGCUCCGCCUGGUGGACGGGGGCGGUCCCUGCGCCGGGAGAGUGGAGAUCCUUGACCAGGGCUCCUGGGGCACCAUCUGUGAUAACGGCUGGGACUUGGACGGUGCCCGUGUGGUGUGCAGGCAGCUGGGCUGUGGAGAUGCCCUCAAGGCCAUGGGGUCUGCUCACUUCGGGGCAGGAUCAGGACGCAUCUGGCUGGACACAUUGGACUGCACAGGAAAGGAGUCCCACGUGUGGAAGUGCCCUUCCCGGGGCUGGGGAGUGCACAACUGCAGUCAUGAGAAGGAUGCAGGAGUCGUCUGCUCAGGAUUUGUGCGUCUGGUUGGAGACAAUGGACCCUGCUCAGGAAGAGUAGAAGUACGUCCUGGAGAAGACUGGAUCUCAGUGUCUGAUGGGAACUUCACACUCCCCACUGCCCAGGUCAUCUGCGCAGAGCUGGACUGUGGCGAGGCUGUGUCUGUCCUGGGACACGAGCUCUUCAGAGAGUCAGAUGGCCGGAUCUGGGCUGAAGAGUUUAGGUGUGAGGGGGCGGAACCUAAGCUCCAGUUCUGCCCCAGAGUGCCCUGUCCAGGGGGCACGUGUCAGCACAGUGGAGCUGCUCAGGUUGUCUGUUCAGUGUACUCGGAAGUCCGGCUCAUGACAAACGGCUCCUCUCAGUGUGAGGGGCAGGUGGAGAUGAACAUUUCUGGACGAUGGAGAGUGCUCUGUGCCUCCCACUGGAGUCUGGCCAAUGCCAAUGUUGUCUGUCGGCAGCUCGGCUGUGGAGUCGCCAUCUCCACCCCUGGAGGACCACACUUGGUGGAAGGAGGUGACCAGAUCUCAACAGUCCGAUUUCACUGCUCAGGGGCGGAGUCCUUCCUGUGGAGUUGCCCUGUGACUGCCUUGGGUGGGCCUGACUGUUCCCAUGGCAGCACGGCCUAUGUGAUCUGCUCAGGAAACCAGACCCAGGUGCUGCCCCAGUGCAACGACUCCGUGUCUGAACCAGCAGGCUCUGCGGCCUCAGAGGAGAGCGCCCCCUACUGCUCAGACAGCAGACAGCUCCGCCUGGUGGACGGAGGAGGUCUCUGCGCCGGGAGAGUGGAGAUCCUUGACCAGGGCUCCUGGGGCACCAUCUGUGACGACGGCUGGGACCUGAACGAUGCCCGCGUGGUGUGCAGGCAGCUGGGCUGUGGAGACGCCCUCAAUGCCACAGGGUCUGCUCACUUUGGGGCAGGGUCAGGGCCCAUCUGGCUGGACGACCUGAACUGCACAGGAAAUGAGUCUCACGUGUGGAGGUGCCCUUCCCGGGGCUGGGGGCGGCAGGACUGCAGACACAAGGAGGACGCGGGGGUCAUCUGCUCAGAGUUCCUGGCUCUCAGGAUGGUCAGCGAGGACCAGCAGUGUGCUGGGUGGCUGGAAGUUUUCUACAACGGGACCUGGGGCAGUGUCUGCCACAGCCCCAUGGAUGAUGUCACCGUGUCUGUCAUCUGCAGACAGCUUGGCUGUGGGGACAGCGGAAGUCUCAACUUUUCUGUUGCUCUUAGGGAAGGUUCUAGACCCCGCUGGGUAGAUGGAAUCAAGUGCCGGAGAGCUGACACCUCUCUCUGGCAAUGUCCUUCUGACCCUUGGAAUUACAACUCCUGCUCUCCCAAGGAGGAAGCCUACAUCUUGUGUGCAGACAGCAGACAGCUCCGCCUGGUGGACGGGGGUGGUCCCUGCGCCGGGAGAGUGGAGAUCCUUGACCAGGGCUCCUGGGGUACCAUCUGUGAUGACGGCUGGGACCUGGACGAUGCCCGCGUGGUGUGCAGGCAGCUGGGCUGUGGAGAAGCCCUCAAUGCCACGAGGUCUGCUCACUUCGGGGCGGGAUCAGGGCCCAUCUGGCUGGACGACCUGAACUGCACAGGAAAUGAGUCUCAAGUGUGGAGGUGCCCUUCCCGAGGCUGGGGGCGGCACGCCUGCAGACACAAGGAGGACGCGGGGGUCAUCUGCUCAGAGUUCCUGGCCCUCAGAAUGGUGAGUGAGGACCAGCACUGUGCUGGGUGGCUGGAAGUUUUCUACAACGGAACCUGGGGCAGUGUCUGCCGAAGCCCCAUGGAAGACAUCACUGUGUCCAUCAUCUGCAGUCAGCUUGGCUGUGGGGACAGUGGAAGUCUCAACACUUCUGUUGCUCUUAGAGAAGGUUCUAGACCCCGGUGGGUAGAUGGAAUCUGGUGUCAGAAUACGGAUACCUCUCUCUGGCAGUGUCCUUCUGACCCUUGGAAUUGCAGUUCAUGCUCUCCAAAGGAGGAAGCCUACAUCUCAUGUGCAGGUAGCAGACAGCUCCGCCUGGUGGACGGGGGCGGUCCCUGCGCCGGGAGAGUGGAGAUCCUUGACCAGGGCUCCUGGGGCACCAUCUGUGAUGACGGCUGGGACCUGGACGAUGCUCACGUGGUGUGCAGGCAGCUGGGCUGUGGAGGAGCCCUCGAUGCCUUGAAAUUUGCUCAGUUAGGUCAGGGAUCAGGGCCCAUCUGGCUGGAUGAACUGAACUGCGAAGGAAAGGAGUCUCACGUGUGGAGGUGCCCUUCCCGGGGCUGGGGGCGGCACGACUGUGGGCAUGCAGAGGAUGCUGGGGUCGUCUGCUCAGGAUUUGUGCGUCUGGCUGGAGGAGAAGGACCCUGCUCAGGGCGAGUAGAAGUUCAUUCUGGAGAAGACUGGACCCCAGUGUCUGAUGGGAACUUCACAGUCCCCACAGCCCAGGUCAUCUGUGCAGAGCUGGGGUGCGGCAAGGCUGUGUCUGUCCUGGGACACGUGCCCUUCAGAGAGUCCGAUGGCCGGGUCUGGGCUGAAGAGUUCAGGUGUGAGGGGGAGGAGCCUGUGCUCUGGGCCUGCCCCAGAGUGCCCUGUCCAGGGGGCAGGUGUCAUCACAGUGGAGCUGCUCAGGUUGUCUGUUCAGUGUAUGCAGAAGUCUGGCUCAUGACAAAUGGCUCCUCUCGGUGUGAGGGGCAGGUGGAGAUGAACAUUUCUGGACGAUGGAGAGCACUCUGUGCCUCCCACUGGAGUCUGGCCAAUGCCAAUGUCGUCUGUCAUCAGCUUGGCUGUGGAGUCGCCAUCUCCACCCCUAGAGGACCACAUUUUGUAGAAGGAGGUGAUCAGAUCUCAACAGUCCGAUUUCACUGCUCGGGAGUAGAGUCCUUCCUGUGGAGUUGUCCUGUGACUGCCCUGGGUGGUCUUGACUGUUCCCAUGGCAACACAGCCUAUGUGAUCUGCUCAGGAAACCACACCCAGGUGCUGCCCCAUUGCAAUGACUCCCUGUCAGAAUCAGCAGGCUCUGCAGCCUCAGAGGAGAGCGCCCCCUACUGCUCAGAAUGCAGACAGCUCCGCCUGGUGGACGGGGGCGGUCCCUGCGCCGGGAGAGUGGAGAUCCUUGACCAGGGCUCCUGGGGCACCAUCUGUGAUGACGGCUGGGACCUGGACGAUGCCCGCGUGGUGUGCAGGCAGCUAGGCUGUGGAGACGCCCUCAAUGCCACGAGGUCCGCUCACUUUGGGGAGGGAUCAGGGCCCAUCUGGCUGGAUGACCUCAACUGCACAGGAAAUGAGUCUCACGUGUGGAGGUGCCCUUCCCGAGGCUGGGGGAGUCACGACUGCAGACACAAGGAGGACGCAGGGGUCAUCUGCUCAGAGUUCCUGGCCCUCAGGAUGGUGAGCGAGGACCAGCAGUGUGCUGGGUGGCUGGAAGUUUUCUACAACGGGACCUGGGGCAGUGUCUGCCGCAGCCACAUGGAAGACAUCACCGUGUCCAUGAUCUGCAGACAGCUUGGCUGUGGGGACAGCGGAAGUCUCAACUCUUCUGUUGCUCUUAGGGAAGGUUCUAGACCCCACUGGGUAGAUGGAAUCAAGUGCCGGAGAGCUGACACCUCUCUCUGGCAGUGUCCUUCUGACCCUUGGAAUUACAACUCCUGCUCUCCCAAGGAGGAAGCCUAUGUCUCGUGUGCAGACAGCAGACAGCUCCGCCUGGUGGACGGGGGAGGUCCCUGCGCGGGGAGAGUGGAGAUCCUUGACCAGGGCUCCUGGGGCACCAUCUGUGAUGACGGCUGGGACCUGGACGAUGCCCGUGUGGUGUGUAGGCAGCUGGGCUGUGGAGAAGCCCUCAACGCCACGCGGUCUGCUCACUUCGGGGCGGGAUCAGGACCCAUCUGGCUGAACGACUUGAACUGCACAGGAAAUGAGUCUCACGUGUGGAAGUGCCCUUCCCGGGGUUGGGGGCAGCACUACUGCAGACACAAGCAGGACGCGGGGGUCAUCUGCUCAGAGUUCCUGGCCCUCAGGAUGGUGAGCGAGGACCAACAGUGUGCUGGGUGGCUGGAAGUUUUCUACAACGGAACCUGGGGUAGUGUCUGCCGAAGCCCCAUGGAAGACAUCACCGUGUCCGUGAUCUGCAGACAGCUUGGCUGUGGGGACAGUGGAAGUCUCAACACUUCUGUUGCUCUUAGAGAAGGUUUUAGACCCCGGUGGGUAGAUGGAAUCCAGUGUCAGAACAUGGAUACCUCUCUCUGGCAGUGUCCUUCUGACCCUUGGAAUUACAGUUCAUGCUCUCCAAAGGAGGAAGCCUACAUCUCAUGUGCAGGCAGCAAACAGCUCCGCCUGCUGGACGGCGGCGGUUCCUGCUCCGGGAGAGUGGAGAUCCUUGACCAGGGCUCCUGGGGCACCAUCUGUGAUGACGGCUGGGACCUGGACGAUGCCCGCGUGGUGUGCAGGCAGCUGGGCUGUGGAGAAGCCCUCGAUGCCUUGAAGUUUGCUCAAUUAGGUCAGGGAUCAGGGCCCAUCUGGCUGGAUGAUCUGAACUGCGGAGGAAAGGAGUCCCACGUGUGGAGGUGCCCUUCCCGGGGCUGGGGGCGGCACGACUGUGAGCAUGCAGAGGAUGCUGGGGUCGUCUGCUCAGGAUUUGUGCGUCUGGCUGGAGGAGAAGGACCCUGCUCAGGGCGAGUAGAAGUACAUUCUGGAGAAGACUGGACCCCAGUGUCUGAUGGAAACUUCACACUCCCCACUGCCCAGGUCAUCUGUGCAGAGCUGGGGUGCGGCAAGGCUGUGUCUGUCCUGGGACACGUGCCCUUCAGAGAGACAGAUGGCCGGGUCUGGUCUGAAGAGUUCAAGUGUGAGGGGGAGGAGCCUGAGCUCCGGGUCUGCCCCAGAGUGCCCUGUCCAGGGGGCAGGUGUCACCACAGUGGAGCUGCUCAGGUUGUCUGUUCAGUGUAUGCAGAAGUCCGGCUCAUGACAAAUGGCUCCUCUCGGUGUGAGGGGCAGGUGGAGAUGAACAUUUCUGGACGAUGGAGAGCGCUCUGUGCCUCCCACUGGAGUCUGGCCAACGCCAAUGUUGUCUGUCGUCAGCUCGGCUGUGGAGUCGCCAUCUCCACCCCUAGAGGACCACAUUUUGUAGAAGGAGGUGAUCAGAUCUCAACAGUCCGAUUUCACUGCUCAGGGGUAGAGUCCUUCCUGUGGAGUUGUCCCGUGGCUGCCCUUGGUGGUCUUCACUGUUCCCAUGGCAACACAGCCUAUGUGAUCUGCUCAGGAAACCAGACCCAGGUGCUGCCCCAGUGGAACAAUUCCGUGUCUGAACCAGCAGACUCUGCAGCCUCAGAGGAGAGCGCCCUCUACUGCUCAGAGUGCAGACAGCUCCGCCUGGUGGACGGGGGCGGUCCCUGCGCCGGGAGAGUGGAGAUCCUUGACCAGGGCUCCUGGGGCACCAUCUGUGAUGACGGCUGGGACCUGGACGAUGCCCGCGUGGUGUGCAGGCAGCUGGGCUGUGGAGACGCCCUCAAUGCCACGGGGUCUGCUCACUUCGGGGCAGGAUCAGGGCCCAUCUGGCUGGACGACCUGAACUGCACAGGAAAUGAGUCUCACGUGUGGAGGUGCCCUUCCCGAGGCUGGGGGAGUCACGACUGCAGACAUAAGGAGGACGCGGGGGUCGUCUGCUCAGGUCUGCGCUGCGCACUGUCCACAGGCUGGGGGAGGGGUGGGGCCCUGGAGGACGGGGGUCUGAGCCCCAAUGGAGAGAUGCUGAAAGGACCAGAGUAGGAGGCUUCCUCCCAUGGAGCCUGUGUUUCCAGUAGACCUGAAGACGAGGUGCUUUCACUUCCUCCUGCAUCAGCUGAGAUUCUGGUCCUUUCUUCUCCCCAGUGUUUCCUGGCA